AUGUCCCGGCACAUCUACAUCCGGAACAAGAUAGGAGAGGGCAUCCAGGCGCCCAUCUUCCAGGUGAACCGAGGGACUUACUCGAGGAGGAGCCGACUGAAGAGGUCUGAUGGCAGCACCACCUCCACCAGCUUCAUCCUCAGACAGGGCUCAGCUGAUUCAUACACUAGUAGACCAUCCGACUCAGAUGUCUCUCUGGAGGAGGAGCGGGAGGUCCCGGCCCCGGUCCCGAGCCAGAGCCCAAGCCAGAGCCAAGGACCGGGACAGAGCCGCCAGGAGAGGGAGCAGCAGGCCACCACGCAACUGGAGAGAGCCAAGACUAAACCUGUGGCGUUUGCUGUAAGGACCAACGUCAGCUACUGCGGUGCCCUGGAUGAGGAUGUUCCAGUCCCGGCCACGGCCAUCUCUUUCGACGCCAAGGAUUUCCUCCACAUAAAAGAGAAGUUCAACAAUGACUGGUGGAUCGGUCGGCUGGUGAAGGAGGGCUGUGAGAUCGGCUUCAUCCCCAGCCCCCUGAAGCUCGAGAACAUCCGGCUCCAGCAGGAGCAAAAGAGAGGACGAGUCCAAGGUAAGUCUGGAGGGAACUCUUCUUCCAGUGUUGAGGAUGAGGUCUCGGCCUCUAUCCGACCCCUCAUAUCCUCGGCAGGAAAGCAGAAACAGAAAGUGACGGAGCACAUCCCCCCGUAUGACGUGGUCCCCUCCAUGAGGCCGGUGGUGCUGGUGGGACCCUCGCUCAAGGGUUACGAGGUGACAGACAUGAUGCAGAAAGCACUGUUCGACUUCCUCAAGCACAGAUUUGAUGGCAGGAUAUCGAUCACACGUGUCACAGCAGAUAUAUCUUUAGCCAAACGCUCUGUUCUGAACAACCCCAGUAAAAGGGCCAUCAUCGAAAGAUCCAACACUCGCUCCAGCUUAGCUGAGGUGCAGAGUGAGAUUGAGAGGAUCUUCGAGUUGGCCCGCUCCCUGCAGCUGGUGGUGCUGGACGCCGACACCAUCAACCACCCGGCGCAGCUCCUCAAGACCUCCCUGGCCCCCAUCAUCGUCCACGUUAAGGUGUCCUCGCCAAAGGUCCUGCAGAGGCUGGUCAAGUCCAGAGGAAAGUCCCAGAGCAAACACCUGAACGUGCAGCUCGUGGCGGCGGACAAAUUGGCCCAGUGUCCUCCGGAAAUGUUUGACAUCAUCCUGGACGAGAACCAGCUGGAGGACGCCUGCGAGCACCUGGCUGAAUACCUGGAGGCCUACUGGAAAGCCACCCACACCUCCAUGGCAACGCCCCUGAACCCCCUGCUGGGACGCAACCUAGGCCCCACCACCCUCACCCCCUACCCCACCAGCAUCUCUGGACUGCAGACCCAAAGAAUGCGACAGAGCAACCACACAGGAGACCACUCCACCCUGAACGAGCGACGCAACCUGAUGACUUCAGACGAAAACUACCACAACGAGCGGGCGCACAAGGGACGCAACCGCAUGUCGUCUGGCUCGCAGCAUAGCCGGGAGCAGCAGGACCCGUACCAGGACUACCAGGACCCCUAUCAGGAUUCAUACAAACCACACCGCAAUCGCAGUUCACCGGGCAGCUACAGCCAUGACUCCCGGCACCGGCUCUGA